AUGGCGCUAGGUUCGGAUUCGUCCCCCGUGGCGGAAGCUAGGCUCGGAGCCACCCCGCAUGGCGGACCUCCGCAGAGUCCGGGACCCAGACGGAAGCUUCAGCAGAAGUUUAUGGCGGACGCGGUUAAGUGGCUGGUGGGAUUCGUUAUAGUCACGUCCUUCUGCAGCCUGCUGGUGAGCACGUGGCACAUCGUGGUUGGUGGGGGAGAACAUGGGGAGACGAGGAAUGGGAGGAUUGUUGGGGUGUUUGGAGGAAGAGGAAGGGGUGAGGAAGGGUUGGGUGUGGCAAGCAUUGAAGUCAUGAGUCAGGAAAAAGAGGAGGAACGCAUUUUAUGGUUCAACUGCCCGCUUUUCGAUUAUGUCCCCUCUGCUGUGAGUCACAAGCCCGCCAUCCUCACCCUUCCCCAUCCUCCCCAUUCAAUCCGCCAUGCUCCCUCACAGUACGUUGGGUCGCUGUCAGACGCGCUGCGGAAGGAAGACAUUACCACGUCGCCCCUCAUGUCCAGCAUAACCCACCACGAGAGCAUGCAGUCAGAGCAGAUGUCAAACCUCUCAGCGACAGUUGCCGAAAUCAACAACCGCACCAGCGCUGCUCUCAACUCCCUUACCCGCCUUCACUCCCUCGUCCAAGAGCAACGCACCCACUCCCUCACUGUUGAAAACGAGCUCGCUGCUCUCACCACCGCUGCCACCACUCACCUCUCUGACCCGCCCCCUCUCUCCGCCGCCGCUCUCAACUCCCUCUUAGCUAAGCACGCCGGGCAGCUCUCGGCAAAUUCCGAAAAGCUGACCGAGAAUUUCAAGCGGGAGCUUGUGGAUGAAGUGGUUUCGGUGAAAGAUAUGAUUCUGAGAGUGGCUGGGCCGGUGGCACAAGCAGGACUGAGGCUGGAGCUCCAAGGAGAGCUGGAAAAGGUGACUAAGGGAGUGGCGGGAUCAGUGUCAGCAGCGGUGGGGGAGCACAGCAAGGAGACGGUUUCGGAACUUAGUAAAGCGCUGGUGGAGAGGAGCAAAGAGGCGGCGGCGGAGCUAGCAAGGAUAGGAGAGAAGGUAGCGGCUGAAGCUGCAAGGGCAGCUGCUGCUGCUGUGGCUGCGAAGCUGGGGCAAGCGGGAGGGCUGAGACUGGGGGUGUCUAUCAAGGAAGCAGCAGGCCGGGUGGCUGAUUUGGUGCAGCAUGCAGAGCAGAUCAGAACCCACUUGGCUGCUGUGUCGUCUCCUGGCAACGUGAACAGUGCAGUAAACAGUGCAGUAAACAGUACAGUGAACAGUGCGGUGAACAGUGCUGUGGAGCGGUUGGAGCUGGUUGCUCGGAAGCUGGUGGAAAGAGGAGGGGAGAGGGGAGAAAGAGGGGCGGGUGGAGGAGGGGAGGAGGCAACGCGGCUCAAGGCGGAGCUGGAAAAGAAGUGCCUUCCCUUCCCUCAAUUUACCCAUCAAUCUCCUCCUUCUCCUCUGUCCGAAGGAAGAGGUCAUCUCCCACCCAGCUACAGGCGCGACGGUCAGCAGCAGCUGGCCACGGGGCACAGGAGGAAACUGCUGGUGCCUUCCACGGCCCCACCUAUGCACUUGCAGGCGCGACUGUCAGCAGCAGCGGGUCACGGGGCACUGGGGGGGAAUGCGCAGGCAUCUCAGGGCACGCUUCCCCGAUUUGGUGGCUACAGCUUCGUGCACUUCAGCUCUUACCAGGUGGGUGAGGCGUCCUUUGCAGCGCUGGGAGUGGGGCUGCGAGCAGCGAGAGACCUGCGCCGCGCCCACCACUGUGUAUGGAAGCAAUCCAACCACUCCUCUUCCAUGUCAGCCUCAUCCGCCACGUCAGAGUCAUCCGCCACAUCAGACUCAUCCGCCACGUCAGCAGCAGCAUCAGCCCCGUCAGCAUCACUGGCAGACACAGAAGUCACGGGGUCGCUGCGCAUCAUCUACCCCGCAGACAGCAGGGAGACGACCUAUGAGACCCUCAUUCUGCUCUGCUCCUUCCCCUCGCCCAUUCCUGCUGUCAAUGACGGGGUGGUCGCUGCAGUCUUGGACGAUGAGCUCAUCCCACUGCUGCUCAGCUCUCACCAAGCCAAACCGCACUCCACUCCCACUUUCUCCAUCACCGACCCCUCCUCCUCUCCCUCCCUCCCCUUCCACACCAACCUCUGCCUCGCCCCUCUCUACGGCCCCUCUGUCCUCCCGCGCUCUCUCCUCGAGUUUCUCCACUACCACUUCCUCUUCGGUGUCGACCACUCCACACUCUACGACUCAGGCGGCGCCACGUCAGCAGUCCGCGCCACGCUGGCUGCUGACAUGGCGCGGGGCCGUGUCGAGAUCGUCUCGCUCGACGGCAUCCGGCCGUUCAAUCCGUGGAACCACGGGCAGAUCCUGGCCCUCCAUGACUGCCUCUAUCGCUCGCGAACCACCUCCCAGUGGGUUCUCUAUCUUGACAUGGACGAUUUUCUCUACCUCCCUCCCUCCGCAACUCCUCUCCCCAUCCCUCCCAUCCAAGCCUUCCUCUCACGCUUCCCCUCCCCGUCCUCCCUUUCCUCCUCCUCCUCCUCCUCCUCCUCCUCCUCCUCCUCCUCCUCCUCAUCCACUCCUGCCACGGAAGCUGCCGCCACCAACGCAGCAGCAGCGCACGCGCCGUCACACGCACCAGCACAGCCCGCCCCAGCAGUGAUCACCUUCGGCUCGCUCUGGUUCUCCGUGCGUCACUGCCGCCCGCGGAUCGAACACGAGGAGGAGGUCCUAGGAGUCCCACAAUACACGCACGAAUACACAGACUACGAGGAGGCCAAGAGGGCUCUGCUUCCUGGUUCUGCGGACGAGGCGUGGGGAGGGCAGAGGGACGAUGAGUUUCUGAUCGAGCGGUUUGUGUUCCACUGGCCGGAGCCCGCGUGUCAUAGUAAUGGAGAGGGCGGGCGGUUUGUGAGCCCCAAGAUGUGCCUGGGCGAGCAGGGCCACCGCAAGUUCAUUGUGGAUCCCCGAAAGGUGGAGCGCAUGGGGGUUUUUGGGCCGCACAGUGACGACGCGCCCACCCUCUCCCUCCUGAAUCUCAGCACGGACGACCUGCUGCUGCUGCACUACCGCGAGCUCGGCUUCGUGAGCGACCUGCACGUGUGCAAUGAGACGGUGCACGUGCGGGAUAGCGUGGGGUGGUGGCACAACAGCACAUUGUACCCGCGAUCCGUGUGGCAGUUGCGGCAGAAGGUCCGCUGCAACUUCACGCUCAACGGGGUGAGGGCAUAA